GGAAUUACUUUGCACUACCUUGAUGUUAAAAAUAGAACCGCUUAUUACAAACUUAUUAGAGGAGCAUGACAAUUUUUACAUUUUGGCGUCACAAAAACGACGAGCCUUGGCGUAUAUGUUCAUUUACGUUCCACAGAGUUUGCAGAGCACAACCUCUGAGUAAAAAUGGAUUUCGAUGGUCAUUUAUGCGACUGUGAAGUUGAACAUUGAAAAUUGAACGUAUAAUUACUCAUUGUUAUUUCGCUCUCUAACGGUCUGUUCAAGAUGUCUGUUCUAAUCAAAGCUUGCCUCGUUUGCGCUCAUGGUGACGCGCACGAAACAAGCCGGCUUUGUUCCACGAGGUGCGGCGGUUUGUCGCAAGAAACAGUGUUUAUUCUACUUGGACCGCGGAAGGAACUGGCCACCUGACGUAAUCACGCCGAGAGGAACCGGUGAAUAAUCCAAAUCACACGUAUUUGACGAUUUGGAAAUUAGUCCUUGAAUGGUACUAGUUAAAAAAUUGUUAAUCUGUUAGUAUAUAGAAUCAGUGAACAAUUUAUUUAAUAAACUGGAGUGAUGUGUUUAUGACCAAGUAUGUAUAAAUUUUCCAUAUUGUAAAAGAAGAAUUCUUGAUAAUACUUUGAACGAAACGCGAGCAGUAGGUGAUUCUAAUCAUGUUACGUAAUCGUGGAAACACCUGCACGAUUUUCCUCGAAUGAUUAUAGCAGGUGUUACAAUUUGUGUCUUAGUAUAUCGUAUAAUCUGAUAAUUCACGAUUUCAUUCUCAUAGGGCAUGAAUCAAAUAAAUCAAAGAAUUAUCCAUUUCAUUCAAUUAUUAUUAUCACUAUUGUCAUCGUGAGUUUUAGUAAUAGAUACUAUUAAGAAUCAUUGAUUCCUAAUCUGAUAAAGACAUUAGUAAUAGUACUUACAAGUAAAAAUUCCUGGAAUAGAUAUAAUGAAUGUUUCGGUACAAGUUUUAAUUUAUUUUACAAGUUAGUAUUUAAUUAAUAAAUAGACUAGAACACUUUCUCGAUCCUUCAUUUCGAGAUACUGAACAAAGCUAAAAAUCAGAUUAGUGAUAAUAAUAUUAUCUGAUAAGAAGUCUUUUUGGGGUUGAGGAAUAUUUAAAGGAUCCAGCGACGAGCGAUGACUGCGAAGAAAGAAGUAUACCACUGUGGAAGAUCGAUCAGACUUUAUCCAUACAAGUGUUAUUGAUCAUAAAAUUGACGUCUUGCAGAAAGAUAUCCAGUUCUUGAAAGAAGUUCAUCUUGAUUUGAUCAAGGUUCAAGAUUCGUAAAUAAAUGAGAAACUUCGUCGAAAAAUAGGAAGGGAACUAAUCUCGUGGGAUCGACGAUGAAUAUCUGAAGAUAAAUAGUUUUUAUCAACGGGCGUCGCGAUACCAGAACACAGUCAGUGGCAUUUCCAAUCGAUAGAUAGUAUCCUUUAACAUCGACUACGAGCUGCGAGUCAGUCAGCGUUCCCCUUGCCAUUGUCAGACCGAUACUCUUGAGUGAUAGAUCGAUCCAAUACGAAUAGCAAAUGAGAAAGAAAAUUACGUCGAGAGAAUACAAAUAGCAAUUCGCGACUGGCAAUUCCAUUUACUUGGAAAACAGUUUCCGAUAAUUGGAUGCGAAUUCCAUUUGUCUGUUUGACAAUUUCUAUUGAGCGAAAGAAAUUUAGUACUUGUUGUUACAGGGACAGUUAUAUAGUGUUGUGAUAAGUGGCAUUCUACUGAAAUCCGUCGAGGAGAGGUAAAAUGCAAAAGACGCUGUUGGAUUUAAUAUAAAAGUCGAUACACCGAGUACAGAUUCUUCGAAGUAAAAUGACACCCGACAAGGAACGCGUUACACCCACGGUGUACAAUGCGUUGGACGAAGAGGUCAAACAGAAUGGGUCGAAGGAUAGUAAAUUGACGGAAACGGAAGACUUUUUGGUAGUGGAUAAAACUUAUCGUGCUGGCAAUAGUACGGAAUACGUGCCUCGUAUCGCGUGGCCAGAUCUAAUGGCACAAGUCUUCCUUCACGUUGGCUUUAUUUAUGGAUUUUACCUUAUCUUCACAGAAGCUAAGCUCUUUACCACUCUCUGGGCGUUCUUUAUUGUAUACACGUCCGGAUUUGGCAUAACCGCAGGAGCGCAUCGAUUAUGGUCCCACAGAGCGUACAAAGCGAAGUGGCCUCUUCGCUUAUUCCUCAUAUUCUUGUUCACCAUCACCGGCCAAAAGCACGUGUACGCAUGGGCGUUGGAUCACAGAGUGCACCACAAAUACAGCGAAACCGACGCGGAUCCUCAUAACGUGAAACGAGGUUUCUUCUUCGCCCACGUUGGCUGGUUACUCGUCACGCCGCAUCCGGAAGUAGUUAAAAAACGAAAAGCGGUGGAUAUGAGCGAUUUGGAAGCCGACUCGAUCGUCAUGUGGCAGAAAAGACUCUACAUUCCUCUAUUCGCCCUGUUAGCUAUUGGAUUUCCGGUAGCCGUGCCUUGUUACUUUUGGUCGGAAUCCGUCUGGACGUCAUUUUGGGUGAACUUCAAUUUCCGUUUUUGUGUCACGCUUAACAUAGCGUUCUUUGUGAACAGCGCGGCGCACAUGUGGGGUCAACGACCUUACGACAAGUAUAUUUCUUCGGUGGAGAAUCUGGCGGUGUCGAUAGCAGCCCUCGGCGAGGGCUGGCACAACUUUCACCACGUCUUCCCGUGGGACUACAAGACCGGUGAGCUCGGCAAUUACAAGUUGAAUCCGACCACUGGCCUUAUCGAUGCGUUCGCGCGGAUUGGCUGGGCGUACGAUCGGAAGUUCGUGUCACCGACGAUGGUCAAGCGCAGGGCGGAUCGAACCGGCGACGGCAGCCACGUAUGGGGAUACGGUGACGCAGACAUACCUACCGAAGAUCUCCAAGAACUGGAAUUGAUGGACAAAAAGGGUCGGUGAACGGAAAGAUUCUGUCCCUCUGAUACCGUUUCAGUAUCCUUACUUUCCUGGUAUUAACGGAACGUGUUAAGAAAGUAUCUAAACGGACAACGUGUGCUUGUGAAGCUGUCUUGUGAUAUAUUAUAGUUCAUUGUGCCCUCGUGUAAAUGUAUUUUGGAAGGUUGAAAUCGAUUCGAGUUCCUCGGAAUUUAAUUCAGGGGAUGAAUACUAUCCGGUGUCUAAUUAUUAUUGAAUUAUUGUACAUUUGUAUGAGAAUGAUUCAUUAUAGAUGUAUGUAUAUUUCUUUUAAUGAUACUUUACUCUUUCGAACAUCCAAUUUUCUAUGAAUGUAAUUUAUGAACUGUAAGCAUGAGACUAUUUAUUACUACUGUCUGUAUGUCUACACUUAUUUGUUGUAAAAUAAUGAUUUACAAAGUGCAUUCGGUAUCGUUUCACCGAACGCUUUUAUGUACAUACCACUGAAACGUCAAAUAGCAGACAACAAAGGAACAGGAAUGACGUUACAAUAUAAAAUUAUAUUUUCUUGCA